AUGGCCUCCGCCUCAACCAGCGCCGUGCUCUACGCUACCGUUGUCUCGGCUUCUCAAUGGGCUGGCGCCGUUCCUGACGACGCCAAGGAUCUCGCCCACCACGUGAAAGGUGGAAAGGGCUUUGUCAAUCCUUGGGACUCCUACCGGGAGCUCAGCGUUCCUCAGAUACUCGGCGGCAUACUAUGGAGACAAAUCAGCGGCAAAGCCAACAAGCCAGACACCACUCCCCCCACCGUUCCCAUCCGCCAACCCAAGUUUCUUCCCACUCGCGAGACGUCCGAGCUCCGAGCGACAUGGCUCGGCCACGCCUGCUACUACGUCGAGUUUCCAGGUGGCCUACGCGUUCUCUUCGACCCGGUGUGGGAGGGGAGAUGCGGUCCAAUGGGCUGGAUCGGCCCCAAGAGAUACAACGACCCUCCUUGCAGAAUCGAAGACCUGCCUGCAAUUGACAUUGUCGUCAUAUCCCACGCCCACUACGACCACCUGUCUCACCCGACCGUCACCAAGAUCAAGGAGCUCCACCCCAAUGUUCAUUUCUUCGCGCCCUUGGGAAACCAGAAAUGGUUUGCGAGCUCCGGCCUGCACAAUGCCACCGAGUUAGACUGGUGGCACAGCCGAGACAUCCGUCUGUCGCCUGUCAAGGACGCCAAGCCAAAGGUCGUCGAGACCGGGAGCCAGGAGCCGUCGGCAGAGGAUAUCAGUGCUACGAUCGAGUGCCUUCCGUGCCAGCACAUGGCCGCGAGAACGCCCUUCGACAAGGCGCACACUCUGUGGGCGUCAUGGUCCAUCACCAGCGGUGGCAAGAAGGUGUGGUUUGCAGGUGACACUGGCUACCGCACUGUGCCCGAGUUGCCUAAGGGCGAGGAUGACUAUGGCGCGCAACACCAGAGUCUCCCCACCUGCCCGGCAUUUAAGCAGAUUGGCGAGCUUCGUGGACCAUUCGAUCUGGGCCUAAUCCCCAUUGGCGCGUACGAGCCCAGAUACAUCAUGUCGCCCAUGCAUGCAAACCCCUUUGACAGCGUCAAUAUCUUCGCAGAUACCCAGUGCAGGAGGGCGUUGGGCAUGCACUGGGGCACGUGGGUCCUGACAGAAGAGGACGUCCUCGAGCCACCAAGGCUUCUUAGGAAGGCUCUAAAAGGCAAGGGCAUUGCUGAGGAGGGGGUUUUCGACGUCUGUGACAUCGGCGAGAGCCGCGUCUUCUCAUGA